CAUGCGCACUCGGCCCUUGUUGUUGAGUUUGUUAUGACAAGUCGAGGCCUCGGACUAAAUUAGGAAGCGAAGCCCCUGUUUCUGUCCGGGCGAAUCGGAAGAUGGAGGGCAUGGAACUGGACCUGGAUCUGGACCAGGAGCUCAUGCAGAAAUUCAGCUGCAUGGGAACAACAGACAAAGACAUCUUAAUCACGGAGUUUCAGAGGCUGCUCGGCUUCCAGCUCAACCCCGCCGGAUGCGCCUUCUUUCUGGACAUGACCAACUGGAAUUUACAAGCAGCCAUCGGAGCCUACUAUGACUUUGAGAGUCCCAACAUCAGCGCGCCGUGCAUGUCCUUUGUGAGUGACGUGACGAUUGGCGAGGGAGAAUCAGUUCCACCGGACACACCUUUCACGAAGACCUGGAGAGUACAGAACACAGGUCCAGAGUCAUGGCCUCCCGGUGUUUGUCUGAAAUAUGUCGGAGGAGAUCAGUUCGGUCAUGUAAACAUGGUGAUGGCGCGGUCUUUAGACCCUCAGGAGAUGGCGGAUGUCAGUGUGCAGAUGCAGAGCCCUGCGGCUCCUGGCAUGUACCAGGGCCAGUGGCGGAUGUGCACAGCCACCGGACUGUACUUUGGAGAUGUAAUUUGGGUGAUCCUGAGUGUGGAAGUUGGAGGCCUCCUCGGCGUCACACAGCAGCUUUCUUCUUUUCAAGCCGAGUUCAACACCCAGCCUCACCGCAGCAUGGAGGGAGACUACAACCCCUUCGCCUCGCCAGAGAAGAGCAAGUGCCCCAACAGCAACAACAACAGCCUCCACGAUGCCAGCGGACACAGAGGCCCAGAGCAACAUUGGCAGGGAAACCCCAACCAGCUGCAGCAAGAUCAGAAUGGACUUUCACACAACUCUGUGGAUAUAGUAGCAAACAGUCUACAAAGCAAUCUAUCAGUAGUAUCUUAUAACCAGGGUAUACAGGAGCCUUUUCCUUUUGGGCACUCUUAAAUCUUGGGACUUGUCACAGUGAAGCAGCACUGAACCUCUGGAGUCUGGUGUCACACCAAUACGAAAAAGAAGAUGCUUUAUCAGUAGCUGGUAAAGAGUGUGGAGAUUCAAAAAAAAACUUUAUGCAAAGACCAGCUACACUUUGAGAAACCAGAGGCCAACGCUCCGACGUGCAGCUCAACAACAUCCCACCACCCACUGUAUGCACGUGUGAAUGCUAAGUUAAAAAUGAGUGCUAUGAGUCUUUUGAGUGAUAACUUCUUUCUUUUUCUUUUUUCAGAUUUUUAGUUGUCAAGAGUGCAGAUGAAACAAUGAUGGCGUGUGUGUGUGUGUGUGUGUGUGUGUGUGUGUGUGUGUGUGUGUGUGUGUGUGUGUGUGUGUAUAUGUGUGUACAUUGUGCAACCUGAAAGAGAGACUAUGGAGGAAAAGCCAUUUAUUUUGCCAACUGAUUCUCCAGUUUCUGCUCUGACUCUUGGUAUAUUCAUUUGUUUUUUCUGGACCUGUUCCCUGUAACUGAAUCUAAAAAAUAUGGACAUCUCUGGAAAAAAAACCAUUGGAUAUCAUUAUUUAGUUUUUAUCUUUUGAUAUCCACUUAUUAUUAGAGAGUAAGAGGAACGGCCACAUGCUUUGGAAAUAUAUCCGAAGCUCCUUCAUGGCUGGUGCUUUAUGGGCAAUAAUUUUUACCUACAAUUUUUAAAAGGGACGCUCUUUCCUCCACUGGGGGGAGUGAGACCUUAUUCUAACAAACAGAAGAUAAGAGAAAACAGAUAUUUACAUUAUAUCUACGUUUAUUCUGCCUCACUGUACAGAGACAGUUAUGAUCUGGAUUCAACCAUUUUUAUUAUGCCUUCUAUAGUCAGGUACUUUAUAUAUAUAUAUAUUUGCAGAAUAUAAUGCAGUAUUGUGUUCAAAUAACACAGGUUAGGAGAAAAAAAGCAUCUAUGAAAUACGACAUUGAAUCCAAGCCAUAUGAAGAGUGGCAAAAACAUGACUUCACUUCAUAGGAUAAACAUAAAUGUUCUUUGUCACCCCAUUCUGAAUUUGAAAAGCUGUCCUAGAGUUUAUCAUAUUAACUUGAAUGUAUUUGAUGAAUGUAGUAGAAGAUCAUUAUUUGGAAACAUAUUCAUUUACCCAAAGACUCAACAUUGUAUAUUUGAAUUGAAGUGGCCGGUUUAUUAGUGUAAUUAUUGUUCUGAAUAUCCCUUUCUGUUGUUAAAAUGACGGUCACAUUAGAGUCCACAAUGUACUCCAGAUCCUUGUUGAUCGCUUCAGAUGCAAAUCAAACCGCACCAGUACCAUGACAGUGACAACCAGGUGUUUGCUGUGCUGCCGCAUAUCUACUUGCACUAACAGUCUAUCCAUGCCUGUCUGUGUCCCACAAAGACAGUUACAUCCUGAAGGGUUUGACUCUGACUUUAUCUCAUCAUCUACAGCCAGAGUGUGAGAACACCUCUCCAGGUAAACGCUCUUUUCAUUGUGGCACAAACUGUAAGCCCCAGGGUCACUGAGCUCUGACAUCAGGACAGUACUACAACCUGUGCAAACAUGUUCACGAAAUAAAUGUUCCUCCUGGCUCUCGAUGCCAAUUCAUCAGUAUAAUAUUUAGUUCUGAGUGUAGCAUCUCUCCGGGGUUUCCAUUGGCCAGAUUGCAGGAUGAAUCAGUUGGCAUUAGACUCAUACAACAGCACCUUUAUGAGAGUGAGGAAGUGCGAACAGAUGAAAGCUUUUUUCCCCCUGUAUGUUUGGUGAAUGUUUGUAUGAUUAAAUUAUCACUGAAACCUCAA